GUCCUCGGACAUAUAUAUAGGCCCCGGCACAAUUCCAGAACUCACGAGAACGGCUGGGACCAGUCGCGUCAUCGCGAGCUGUCCCGACGGCAGAAAUCUCUCGAAAACACGUGUCAUCAGUUCGCGUAACUCCCAUCUGUCUGGUGUCAGUUACGUGUCAAAGGCAGGGCGCCGUGUGGGGAGUGAUUGGAAGGAGGGGGAAAGCGACAAUCCUUGUUAUCUUCCAGGCGCGCGCGGCGCAUAUCAUGUUGCGGCAGUCGCCAGCCAGCUCUGCACCUGCACGUGUCCCGGGGAAUGUCACGCCAACAUGGUUUGUCUGUUUGACUACGCUCGGCCCAAGGGUUUCCCGACAACGUACCCAGAGCUGAAAACGGCCGUGACCGUUGACGUUCUCGAAGCUGGUUUCAUUCUGGCUUUUGUCAUCUUGGCCACUUGUUUGUAUUUGAUCAUGCCAGGAAUUAAAGGAGGGAGUUAUCGCUGGAAUGUGUUUAUUCGAAUCACCUUGAAGAUCAUAGUUGGUGCUGUCCUAAUGGUGUGCAACUUUGGCCAGCGUUGGGAGACAGGAGUGGUGAGGACUAACACUUCGUACAAGGCAGGCACUGCUGAAGAGAUUGUAGCUGACAUCAGUGUAAGCGUGGGCUUGCGCUCUGUCAACAUCACUCUCAAGAGAGUAGAUGAACCUGUACGAGGGACUGCACUUGAACAUGAAACUAUUAAUUAUAACGAAAGAUUUUGGUGGACAUGGGACCAAGGAAGGUUUGGUUUCGGGCCUUACGUUCUUACCUGGUUGCCAGCGGGUGUGCUCCAGCGAAGCUUCAGAGAGGCCCAGCGUCGCGGGCUGCCUCUCCCCGUCCUGUGGGUGGCUGACUACUUCACGUGGGACGGCGAGGGACUGCGGUUCGGGCGCCACUACCGCACUGCCGGCUGGUACACACACAUCUGUCUGUGGACUGCCUUUCCAUGUUGGAUACUAGCCAAUUUCUUCUUCCUGUCGUCGGUGAGGUUCGGUGCGGUGUUCACGUGCCUGAUGGGUGCGCUACAGCUGCUUGCGAGCUUCACGUGGAUUGGCAUUCGGAACUCCGUGCCCCUCGUGAUCCCGUUUGAAGGAGGAGAAAUCACCAUGCGCUACGGCCCAAACUUCUGGCUCACAGUUAUUGGAGGUGUUGUUUGCACCCUCGUUGGUCUGCUACUGCUGUUGCUGGACUGCAGAUUCCCAGAUGAGAUCAGCACGUUCUUUGGCAUCGACCCUCUUGCUGAGUACGAGGAGUACCACUUGACUGCAGAAGAACUGACAGUUGUCCGUAGAAGCAAAAAUAAGAAUUCAUCUUUGAACAUGGUGACCAUUAAUGAUGGAAAAACACUGCAAAGAGACCCAUUCAAAACUCAGCCAGUUCUGAAACGACGGGCAACUAUACGCCUGGGUCAGAAAUCCCUGUAUCGCAAGCCAACCCUCGAUGAUGACAUGUACCAAGAUGUCAGCUAUGAAGAUGAUGCACCACAGUACCAGAAUUUACCAAGUAGAAGCAAGCAGCUGCCUUACAGAUCCAUAGAAGAAGAAGAUGUAUAGAGUAGUGCUGGCCUAACUCCUGUGUUAUACUGAACAGGAUUGAACUCUAAGCAAGCCUCUUCUUUCCUGGCAAAAGCUGCAUUAUUCUACACUGCUCCAUUCAUGUGGAAGAUACCAGCACUUGCUUCCAGCGCAGUAUGCAGCUGGAAGUUACAAUUGGAUGGCGUGUAACUAUAGUGAUACGAGUGCAGAAAUUAAGAAUGCUGAUUUUUUUUAAAUUUGUUGCAAAACUAUUUCAUCUUAACAUCUUCUGUAGUAAGGUAGGGUAGGUACCUUUUGCAAAGCUGGAGGGACAUUAAGUUCUUAAAAAGAUCACUAUUACACAUAUUUUACUAUGAAAGUGUUUGCAAUGAAUCAACUAAGUAAAUUCACAAUUAUAGCUCAUGUAUCACUAUUGUUAAUCGCAGUCCAAUUUAUGUUGUUGGUAUAUAGUAUACUCUUAUUGUUCUGAACAAACUUAGUAAUUAAUAGGUCAAUUUUUUUUACAUGUGUUUACGUGUACUGAAUGUGCAAUUUGUAUUUUAAAGUUUUUCUUUUCUAACUGUGAAAAUAAAAUAUAUACCGUGUGAAAUUUA